AUGCCAGCAUUCCUGGACCAGUUGUUCGGGAAACUGAAACUCUUACGUGCCUCGCUGCGCCACCCGCUGCUACGAUUUCCCCUUCUAGAAUUAGCAAGGAUCGAAAAGCCGCCUGGACAAAGGAAGAGGGGCAUUCGAACCCCACAAGACAGAGACGACAGUAUCUUCAACACAAUGACCGCCUCCAAUCCACCAUUGAAUGUAGGGAUCUUCCAAACCCUCGAAUCAGUCUCUGAGGAGACAGUUAUUAUUCGAGAUGCCCUCUACGGCGAACAUCAAGUUUCAGAGUCCAUAUUAGUCGAACUACUUCAUUCCCCAACCCUCCUCCGAUUGACGGGUAUCUGCCAACACGGCGUGACAGGUCUACUAGGCCUAACCCCCAAAGUCACCCGCUUCGAGCACUCUGUAGGCGCAUUCCUACUCGUACGCAAAGUUGGUGGGGGCCUCGAAGAACAGGUUGCCGCCCUUUUACAUGAUAUCAGUCAUACCGCACUCAGCCAUGUAGUGGAUUGGGCAUUAUCAAAACCCGGAGAGGAAAGUUUCCAUGAAGUUCACAAGGAACGAUACAUCAAGACAAUGAGUUCAUUACCGCAGGUUCUCACAAGGCAUGGAUUUGCGGAUUUGAGGGCGCUGAAUGAGGAUCUUUUCCCUCUUGUGGAGAUGCCAUCGCCACAUCUCUGUGCUGAUCGGCUUGAUUACGCGCUACGAGACUCUGUUGCGUUCGGUACACUUACGCUUGAAGAUGCACAACGGAUUUUUGAAUGUUUGAAAGUAUUUCCGGACGCGGCUUCUUCACGUAGACUACUCGUGUUAGGAGAUGAGCAUUUAGCCUUGACGCUGGCAAGAGCAUAUCUGGAAAGUGACAGAAAGGUCUAUUCAGACCUUGGUAACGUGGAAUUGUAUAGAAGAACUGGUCAGGUGAUAGGGGACCUGAUCAGAAAAGAGAAUAUAAAGGAAGAAGCUUUAUGGACUUUGUCAGAUCAAGAGUUCUGGGAAUUAUUGCGGAAGACAGCUGAUCCAGCCCGACUGGAGGCAUUGAAUAGAUUGGAGUCAGAAGGUGCUCCCAAAAAGGAUGGGUUGAGUCUUCCACAGAAAGCAAAAAUUCGCACAUUGGAUCCAGAUAUGUGGCUUUCAACCUCCAAAGAGCCGUUGCCUCUGUCUGUCGUUCGUCCUGGCUGGGCUCGAGAGCGGCAAGACUAUAUUUCAAGUAGAGAAAAGGAGCGUGUCUGA